AUGUCAAUCAUUGAGAGGAUAGAAAGGGACUACGAGAUCAUACUGGCCUCAAGUUCUCCAAGAAGACGUGAAAUAGUCACUGAAUUACUCGGAUUUAAAAAUAUCUCCAUUAUAAAGCCAUCAUUCGAAGAAAACCUAGACAAACAACUUUACAAAAAAGACCCCAUAAAGUACGUCGUGGAUACAUGCAAGGGUAAAUCCGAUAGCAUAAUCCAAGAGCUACUUACCUCUUCAAAAUACAACACCAUCAAAAAACCUAUAUUAGUGAUCUGCGCUGAUACAGUCGUUAUCGACAGUGAGAACAAUAUCUAUGAAAAGCCUAUUAUCAAAGAAGUUCAGAAAUUAAACUUAAUCAAGUUUCGUGACGAUCUUCAACCAUUAACUGCUGCUACUGCAGUGAACAUCAUCUGUUGGGCUGGUAAACUCGAUUACUCUAUCACUCCCUUCCAUGAGGUGACGAAAAUUCAUUUUGAAAAAUCCAUGCCCGAAGAACUAAUACAGGCUUAUGUCGAUAGUGAAGAUGGACUACAGGUUGCAGGUGGUUUCAAAAUCCAAGGUCUAAGCGCGACCCUUAUUAGCGGCAUAGAAGGUGACUAUUACAACGUUGUUGGAUUACCUGCAUCCAAGACAUUGAUCCAUCUACUGCGUAUAGCCCAACCGAAUUGA